CGCCUGGCUGCCGAGCUGAUCUUUGUGCGGAGCGGAGGAUCUGAAGCUUCACAGCAUAGCCGUCGCAGUUAGCAGCCGCCAGCAAGUACAUUACAGACGAAAGACGGCGAAGGAAUAGGUGUUGGGGCAUUAAUAUCCAUAUAAACAACGGUUAUAUAGUGACAUCGACGGCCUUAAAAUGAUGUUGUCAGCGAUGUGUUCUCCAUCUGCACUGAGGCAUGAUUGAAUAUCAGCCACAUUAAUAUUAGCAUCUGGAACUGGAAGUCAUCUAGUGAGGAGUGCCCAGGCUUUUAGGUGGAGGCGUGGCAGACAGCGCCACCCAGGCCUGUGGAGGGGGACUGCAUCCCAUCUCAAAGCCAACGACUUGAUUCUCGAAGGUCUAGUGCCGCUGCCAGAUGGACUAGGCACUCUGAGAGCAGAGUGACUCAGGGCAGAACCAACCGCGGAGAGGAGCCGGGGGGGAGAGCGCUCACCGGAGCAGGAAAAGGGAGGGCAUUGUUCAGUCGGGAGACAGGGAGAGGAGAGAAAGGUGUCAGGAUGUCGUCCAACAGGACCCAGAACCCCCACGGACUGAAACAGAUAGGGCUGGACCAGAUCUGGGACGACCUGCGGGCUGGCAUCCAGCAGGUCUACACACGGCAAAGCAUGGCCAAGUCGCGCUACAUGGAACUCUACACACAUGUAUAUAACUAUUGUACCAGUGUCCACCAGUCCAGCCAGGGCAGGGGCUCUGUGCCCCCUGCCAAGCCCUCCAAAAAGACCACCACUUCAGGAGGUGCCCAGUUUGUAGGCCUGGAGCUCUACAAGAGACUCAAGGAGUUCCUCAAGAACUACCUGACCAGCCUGCUCAAGGAUGGAGAGGAUCUGAUGGAUGAGUGCGUGUUGAAGUUUUACACUCAACAGUGGGAGGACUAUCGUUUCUCCAGUAAGGUCCUCAACGGCAUCUGCGCCUACCUCAACCGCCACUGGGUCAGACGGGAGUGUGACGAGGGACGCAAGGGCAUCUACGAGAUUUACUCUCUGGCACUUGUAACCUGGAGGGAGUGUUUAUUCAGACCCCUCAACAAACAGGUGACAAACGCUGUACUGAAGCUGAUAGAAAGAGAGAGGAACGGCGAGACCAUCAACACCAGACUGAUCAGCGGUGUCGUCCAGUCUUACGUUGAGCUGGGCCUGAACGAGGAGGACGCCUUCGCCAAAGGCCCCACGCUGUCCGUGUACAAGGAGUACUUUGAAUGUCAGUUCCUCACCGACACAGAGCGCUUCUACACCCGGGAGAGCACAGAGUUCCUCCAGCAGAACCCCGUCACCGAGUACAUGAAGAAGGCGGAGGCCCGUCUGCUGGAGGAGCAGCGGCGUGUCCAGGUUUACCUCCACGAAUCCACCCAGGACGAGCUGGCCAGGAAGUGUGAGCAGGUCCUGAUAGAGAAACACCUGGAGAUCUUCCACACCGAGUUCCAGAACCUGCUGGACGCCGACAAGAACGAAGACCUGGGUCGGAUGUACAACCUGGUGUCACGGAUCACCGACGGCCUGGGCGAACUGAAGAAGCUCCUAGAGACUCACAUCCACAACCAGGGCCUGGCCGCCAUCGAGAAGUGUGGAGAGGCUGCGCUCAAUGACCCCAAGGUGUACGUCCAGACCACCCUGGACGUCCACAAGAAGUACAACGCCUUGGUCAUGUCGGCCUUCAACAACGACGCCGGCUUCGUGGCCGCCCUCGACAAGGCUUGUGGACGUUUCAUCAACAACAACGCCGUCACCAAGAUGGCCCAGUCCUCCAGCAAAUCACCUGAACUACUGGCCAGAUACUGUGACUCUCUGCUUAAGAAGAGUUCCAAAAAUCCAGAGGAGGCAGAGCUUGAGGACACACUCAACCAAGUGAUGGUUGUGUUCAAGUACAUCGAGGACAAAGACGUUUUCCAGAAGUUCUACGCUAAGAUGCUCGCCAAACGUCUCGUCCACCAGAACAGCGCCAGUGAUGACGCAGAGGCCAGCAUGAUCUCCAAACUGAAGCAAGCCUGCGGGUUCGAGUACACGUCCAAACUGCAGCGCAUGUUCCAGGACAUCGGCGUCAGCAAGGACCUCAACGAACAGUUUAAGAAGCACCUGACAAACUCCGAGCCGCUGGACUUGGACUUCAGUAUCCAGGUUUUGAGCUCCGGCUCUUGGCCGUUCCAACAGUCCUGCACCUUCGCUCUGCCCUCUGAGCUGGAGCGGAGCUACCAGCGCUUCACGGCUUUCUACGCCAGCAGGCACAGCGGCAGGAAGCUCACCUGGCUCUACCACCUGUCCAAAGGAGAGCUGGUCACCAACUGCUUCAAGAACAGGUACACACUGCAGGCCUCCACCUUCCAGAUGGCCAUCCUGCUGCAGUACAACACGGAGGACAUGUACACCGUCCACCAGCUCACCGAAAGCACACAGAUCAAAACUGACAUUCUGGUUCAGGUUCUGCAGAUCUUGUUGAAAUCCAAGCUGCUGGUUCUGGAGGAUGAGAACGCCAACGUGGACGAGGUGGAGUUCAAGCCAGACACCCUGAUCAAGCUUUUCCUCGGAUACAAGAAUAAGAAGCUGCGGGUGAACAUCAACGUGCCCAUGAAGACGGAGCAGAAGCAGGAGCAGGAGACGACACACAAGAACAUCGAGGAGGAUCGCAAACUCCUCAUCCAGGCUGCCAUCGUGAGGAUCAUGAAGAUGAGGAAGGUCCUGAAACACCAGCAGCUCCUGGCUGAAGUCCUGAACCAGCUCUCCUCCCGAUUCAAACCCCGAGUCCCUGUCAUUAAGAAAUGCAUCGACAUCCUGAUAGAGAAGGAGUACCUGGAGCGAGUGGACGGCGAGAAGGACACGUACAGCUACCUGGCCUGAGCAUCGCCCUCUCCCACCUGCUGGCUCUUUUCAUUUGAUUUUUAUUUGUUUUUUUUUUUUUUUAUGUCUGAGUAAAAUAAAGUGUGGAUCCCUCUGACUGGCGGAGAUGUUGUGCGUGUGUGUGAGUAUCGCAGCCACGUUGACAUGGCGACCAGGGGGGCUGAACUCUGACCCCAUUUCCCCCCUUUUUCUUCCUCCUCCUCUUCCUCACUUCAGUGAUGAAGGAAAUCGUACGACCACACACACACACACACACCUCCCUGUUUAGACCAGAAAACCCCUGUAAACACUCGCCCGUCCUUUGGAAACAAUGCAUCUCCAGGACUGAAAUACACAUACACGCACACGUACACACACAGACACACACACACACACAUACACACUCUCUCUCUCCCAUGUUUUCAUAAUGUAAAUAAGAAGCGCAGACUUUUACGAGGGGCAAAAACAAAGGAAAAAAGUGUACUCCUCCCUCUUGACAUAGUGCAAACAUAAUGAAUUAGCCUACAGCCAAUCAGAGGAGAACCGCAUCCAAGGGUUUCUGCAUGCUACUGCCUACCUGCAUCACAGUGACGGGAAAAUUCAAAUAAUAAAAAAAAAAAAAGAUUAAAAAAAAAAAAAGAAUAUUAAUAAAGUCACUGUGCCACUGAUGCAGUCCACCAUAUGACGACACGAAUGAAAUCAACAACGCUGGUCCUGUAAUUUAUGUAUGCGACUAAAGUGAAGCAGCAGCGGGGAGCUGGUUGGAUCAUGCAGGUCACCUGUACCAUUACUGCGAGGUGGACAUUUGUAUAGUGUGGUUCAUUUUCUAAAUGUGUGAGAAAUAAAAAACAGUAAAGAUUUCUCUAAA